UCAGGUUCAGGUAGUCGGUUACGUUUAUAAACAUAUCUACACAGGUUUAGGUAGUAUUUAUAACUACAUAAGACACGCCAGUCAAAAUGUUGUUUGUUUGUAAGCAACAAUGUAUCGUGAAUAACUCCCAAUUUAUUUAUAUUUCAGUAUAAGUAAUUAGUGAAAGUUAUGCCAUUUCUCAUUUCACAAUUAUAAUUACCUAUUAGAACCACGUUCGAGUAACUCGUCUCAUAUCAUAUUCGGUUAUCGCGCCGGUCAAAAUGAAUUCGUAUACUAAUACUAUAUUGUUUCUAGUGAUAACUAUAAUUUUAUACUUAUACUGGUGUUUGAAAAAAUCCUAUUUGUUUUUCGAAAAACUCGGUGUGCCUUAUCUGAAACCAAACUUGUUGUUUGGAAACAUGGUCGAUGUUAUUUUACUGCGAAAAUCGUUGGCCGAAGUUUACGUCGAUUUAUACCGACAACUAAAACCUCAUAAAUUCGGCGGAGUGUUCACUUUUCAAAAACCAACUAUCGUCAUCAGAGAUCCGGAAUUACUAAAAGAUGUGUUGAUCAAGGAUUUCGAUUACAUGAGUGAUCGUGGAUUUCACGUCGAUCCCGAAGUGGAGCCUUUGAGUAAUCAUUUGUUUACUAUGCAAGGUGACGUAUGGAAAAACGCUCGAAUAAAACUCACCAGCACCUUUACGAGCGGAAAAAUCAAAAUGAUGUUUCCAUUGGUGAAAUCCUGCGGAGAAAAACUAUCCGAUAUUAUUGAUCAAAUUCCACUCGACGAGCCAUUCGAUAUAAAAGAUAUUUCGGCGAGAUACACCACCGAUAUAAUAGGAACUUGUGCAUUUGGAAUAGAGACGAAUUCGUUACAGAAUCCGAAUUCGGAAUUUAGAAUGGUAGGGAAAAAAAUAUUCGAAUUCAGAUUGCAAUCGCUCCUACGUAUUUUAUGGAUGAAGAUGCCCGCGAAGCUGACCAAGCUGUUACAUCUCACUUUUGUAGAUCUAAAUGUACAGGACUUUUUUGGCGAUAUUGUUUAUAAAACUAUCGAUUACAGAGAAAAGAGCAAGGCAACCAGGAACGAUUUUUUGGAUUUAAUGAUUGCACUAAAAAGCGAAUCAGUUUCUCAAUCAAACGAUACCUGCAAAGGUCGAGAAGAUUUACAAAAAUUCCUCGAUCAAAUUGGCGCAGAUAAGGGAGCUAAAUGUGAUAUAAAAAUGACUAACGAGUUGAUUGCCGCCCAAGCAUUUUUAUUUUUCGCAGCUGGAUUCGAGACGUCGUCCACAACUUUGGCAUACAUUUUAUUAGAAUUAGCUCAAAAUCAAUCUAUACAGAAGAAAGUUCGAGCUGAGAUUCGAACAGUUCUUUCAUCUAAUAAUCGAGAGCUCACUUAUGAUACUUUGAAACAAAUGACUUAUACAGAUAUGGUUAUCUCAGAAACUCUGAGAAAAUACCCACCAGCUGCAAUGCUUUUCCGAAGAACUAUCAAAAAUUACAAAAUGCCCAAUACCGAAGUGGUAAUACCUGCAAAUACACCAGUCAUAAUACCAGUUUAUGGGAUACAUUUAGACGAAGAGUAUUACGAAAGCCCUCAAGAAUUCCGUCCAGAACGUUUCACAGAAGAGGAGAAAUCCAAAAGACCAAAUUACACCUAUUUACCAUUUGGAGAAGGUCCCAGAACUUGUAUAGCUAAACGGUUCGCCAAGAUGAAUGUGAAAGUAGGAUUGAUACAUGCGCUGAAAAAUAAAUCAUAUCGAGUCUCGCCCAAAAUGAAAUUUCCAAUAGAAUUUGAGAAAAAUUUCGGAUUACUGACAGCACGUAACAGUAUCUGGCUACAGAAGCAGAAAAUACACGAUUUGGAGUAUGAAUACUUCAAAAUGGAUCUAUUAACGUCUAUAUCAUUACUAAUCGUUACUUCGGUAUUGUAUUUAUAUUGGUCCAUGAAAAAAGCGCAUCGAUUUUUCGCGGAUCGAGAUAUACCUUACCUCGAACCUCACUGGUUGUUUGGUAACAUGGCCGAUGUGAUUUUGAUGAAAACCUCAUUGGCCGAAAAAUACGCCGAAUUAUACAAGAAGCUAGCUCCUCAUGGUUUUGCUGGAGUAUACACGAUGAAAACCCCAACAAUCAUGAUACGAGAUCCAGAUCUAAUAAGAAACGUUCUUAUCAAAGAUUUCGCUUUUUUCAGCGAUCGUGGAAUUAACAUAGUGAAGGAGAUCGACCCGUUGAGUAAUUCGCUGUUUUUGAUGAGAGGAGACGAAUGGAAAAAUCUCAGAAUCAAGUUGACCAGCACAUUCACUUCGGGCAGAAUGAAAAUGAUGCUACCUCUGGUCAAACAUUGUGGCGAAAAGUUAUCACAAGUGAUCGACGAGAUACCCGACAAUGAAACUUUCGACCUGAGGGAACUAUUCUCCAGGUUUACCACGGAUACGAUAGGAAACUGUGCUUUUGGAUUGGAACCGGAUACGUUGAAUAAUCCCAACUCGGAAUUCAUGAUUAUGGGCAAGAGAAUAUUCAGCUUUAGAUAUGCAACGAUCGUACGAACUUUAUGGACAAAUAUGCCAAAAAAACUUAUCGAAAUGUUCAAGCUAACAUUGUUCGAGAAAAACGUGCAAGAUUAUUUUAUAAAUCUUAUCGAUAAAACUAUCAAGUACCGGGAGAAGAAUAACAUCACAAGGGGUGAUUUUCUCGACCUGUUGAUCGCUUUGAAGAACAACACGAUUUUGCAAAAAUUCAAAGACACAGGAGAUGACGGCGAUUUGAAAACAUUCCUCGAUCAAAUUGGUAGUAAAUGCGUGAAAAGCGAUGUAGACAUGACAAACGAUUUACUCGCCGCUCAAGCUUUCGUAUUUUUUACGGCUGGUUUCGAAGGAACCUCCACUGUAUUAGGUUACGCUUUAAUGGAAUUAUCCUUAAAUAAAUCUGUCCAGGAUAAAGCUCGUCAAGAAAUCCUCGACGUUUUUUCACUUAAUGAUGGUCAACUGACCUACGAAGGUCUCAAACAAAUGACCUACGUGGAUAUGGUAAUUGAAGAAACGGUUCGGAAAUAUCCAGCGGCUGCUAUGCUGUUCAGAGAAACCAGCGAAAACUACGCCAUACCGAAUACCAAAGUGAUAAUACCUGCUCACACAUCAAUCAUUAUACCAGUCUAUGGAAUACAUUCGGACGAAAAAUAUUACGAUAACCCGGAGGAGUUUCGUCCAGAACGUUUCACCGAAGAAGAAAAAGCCAAACGACCGAAUUACACUUAUUUACCGUUCGGAGAUGGACCAAGAGUUUGCAUAGCCGAAAGAUUCGCCAAAAUGCAAUUCAAAGUUGGUUUGGUUUACGCUCUCAAGAACUUCUCCUACAAAAUGUCUCCCGAAAUGAAGUUUCCAAUGAAGUUCAAAAAAAGUUUCGGUUUAUUGAGCCCGGAAAGUGGAAUAUUGUUGCAAAGAAAACGAAUUUAAUUCACGUUUCACCUGAAAAUAUAAUUGAAAAUGAUAAGUCAGGAAUGUUGAUUGAACUUAGUGCUACAUACUCGUAUCUUCGAAAUAAACUAUUAUAUUUUUCAUCA